AUGGGCUAUUGCGGGAUCCGGCAAAAGUCCCACCUAAUGAAUGUCAGAUCACCAUUUCCGAAAAAUCCACUAAUCAAGAAUCAAGCGGUUAUAAGUACAAGAAAUCUCAUUCUAACCGGCCUAAUCCCAAAGUACCUACCAACAAUAGAAUCUAUUGACCUAUUCCAGUAUCAACUCCAAUACUCGAUUGGACUUGUUCUUGUAGAAGACUUCUCAUUUGCAUGGAUUAUCAAUCCUCGUAAACAAAUUCCUAAAAAGCCUUGCCAUCAUGGGCCUAAAACUGAUCUUUGGAAUUCAAAAUACCCAAAGCUCGAUAGAUCAAGAGGUGUCAAGAAGGCAUUGAGGAGGCAUCGAGGUUCAUUAAAUCUUGAUAGAUCGACAGGUAUCGAGCAGGUAUCAGCAUCUGCAGUUUCAGCUUUUCUUGAGCAGUUCUUUGAGUGUUCUCGUUUCUUCAAUAAUACCACUUCUCCGAGGCUAGUAUUGCCUGUCGACCCAAACAGCAACAUACCCAACUUCAUCACCAACAUCAACACAAACAAUGCCAAUGCUAAUCUCAAUGUCAAUGCCAAUGCCAAUGCCAACACUAGCAAUGGAAAUCAACGUGCCCACCCAUGCAUUAUACGUGAACAAGACCAGUACAUGCCUAUAGCCAACGUGAUACGCAUCAUGCGCCGCAUACUCCCAUCCCAUGCAAAGAUAUCGGACGAUGCCAAGGAGACCAUCCAAGAGUGUGUGUCUGAAUACAUCAGCUUCAUCACCGGCGAGGCCAACGAGCGUUGCCAGCGCGAGCAGCGCAAGACCGUGACCGCGGAGGACGUGCUUUGGGCAAUGGGGAAGCUGGGAUUUGAUGACUAUGUUGAGCCACUCACUGUGUACCUCAACCGCUACCGUGAGGCAGAGAAUGAUCGCAACAAUAUGCGUGUUGAUCAGCUGCCUUAUGUUGGUUUUAAGCGUAGCAUGGAUUAUGGGCCUAUUGGUGUGCCGCCAGGCCCACCAUCUUAUGGGCCGGGCUUUCCGAUGGCCCAUCACCCGGGUAUGUUUGAUGCUUCUGCAAUGGGUGGUGGUGAGUACCAUAAUGGGUCUGGCGCUGGUGGGUCUUCUUCUUCUUCUUCCGGUGCUCAGAACAGUGGUCUGCCUAGCUUUGAUCCUUAUGCUCAGUUCAAAUGAAUAGGUAGUAAUAGUAAUGUUGGAGUGGCAAUUCUCAAUAAGAGCUUAAUAUUUAUAUACUGUUAUAGUUAAAGGUUUUGUCUGAGAUGGGUC